AUGGAACAGUUGACGCUCCUCAACGCCGUUCGCGACGAGACUUUGUCUAACGACAAGGCCAUUCUAGAGCUCUACGAGCGUAGAGACCAUUACGCCGCGUGCGAUCUCUCGCAAGAACACCAUGCUGAGAUAGCUCACCUCUUUGAAGUUGCCGUGCUUGACAUGCAGAAAGCUGUUGCUGCGCACGAACCGGUAGUGAAGGUGCUCAAAAAGGUACUGUUGGACCUGGGCAGCUUGCUGAUGGCAGAGAAAGGAGCAAGCCGUGUCAAAAGCAAGUUCCGAGCUUCUCCGAAAGUGGGUGUAGCAACGGGUGAGAUCCAGCAGGAGGUCGAGCAUGAAUCCUCUGCUCGAUCAUCUGCGAAUAUGUCGCAAACACAGAAGAGUGCCAUUACUUCUCGGCUACGAGAUCCAGCCGUACCUUCGGCCGAGGCCAAGAAGAUAGAGCCCGUAUCACUUUUGUCGCGAUCCCUAACAGCGUCAAAGGCGGUGGAUACAGCAGUCAUUACGACUGUCAAACACACUGAAGGCAAACGAGAUGCGUCAAAGCAUACCAAAGCCCUACGUCUAGAGCAGAUCCAGGCCACUUUGAAGGCACGAAACCCGGAAUGGUCGCAGGAGAAGAUUCAGAAGACGGCGUCCGACCACCUUGUCCUGAUCCUGUCGAAACAACGCGCGAAUGCAGAGAAAACAGCGCUGUCGCAGGUAGAUGGACAAGGCAGCGACGACGCACGCCGACUACCCCCUUCCCGCUCUAUGUCUCCUUCCGACCCGUUCAGCUCCAUGCGCUUCGCACGCCCAAGCACAAACACAAAGCGAGCACCGCGAUCCCCCCCGAAGGCCCCCGCGCCUCAUCGUCGCAAGACCCCGCUCAAAAAGAAGAUAUCUGUUCACAAGGAAGGCGGCAAGAAUUACAAGUCCAAAGAGUUCGUCGUCGACUCUGAUGAGUCGGGCACUAAGAUGAAGGGUUCCAACACCAGCGCUCCUCCCGAUGUAGGGGUGGUCGACCCUUCCGAGGGUCUUGCCGGAUUUGAGAAUCUCGAUAAAAAUGGGAACUACGUGAAAAAGCCUCCCGCGCGGUUCGUGUUGGUGAAUGGGAAGCCCAGGAUAGCGUUGGUCGUAAAGUUGAAGGUUUCGCCAGAGAAGCUGCUGAAUACCUUGUAUGGGAAAAAGGUCAAGGCGGAGCGGAAGCAACUUGGACUAAAUCCGUCCACAAAUGAUUCACGCACUCGCCAGUCUCGCGUCGAGAGCCUUCCUAGCACUUCCGAUACCCCAAGUACCGGUGGCGGUUUCAACGCGUCGCCGUUUGCACCUCAACCUACGACCAAGAUGGCAAGCGACAACGAAGACGCAGACUGGGAGUCCGAACCCGAGACCACGACCGCAGCCAUGACUGCGACCGCACCCUCACCCGACGUAGAAUUCCCAAGCUUCCCACCACUCACGGCAGCCCACCUUCCCCCAUUCAUGAAGGGCCUUACAAUCGCCAUCGAGAACAUCAUCCAAGACCACGCAAAGAAGCCAGACGACACCCUCCUCAAACUCGUCGAAGAGCUGGAUGGGAAUAAGCCCACGCUACCAGGCGGCAACAUAGCAGGUGACGACCGACAUGUUGUGAUGAGCGGCGGGGAGUACGUCUAUGCUGCCGUCCGCCAGGCCUACGCCGAUGUAACUCACACCGAGGACUCCCCGAAGGACUCAGGCAUCGAUGCGGACGGCGACACCACUAUGACUUCCACCUCUUCUAACGAAGUCGACGCCGACCCGGUCGACGACGUCAAGUUGUACAACCACUACGACGGCAUAACAGCUAUUCCCGAGAAGGCGCAGUACAACGGUAAAGGUUGCGCAUGGGAGAAGACGCCCGACGACGCCGACCCCCCUUUUCGCGUCGUGUCGAAAGCCAACGUGUCGAAGUUACCCAAGCGUGAGCUUAGCCGUAGAAAGGCGGCUCGCGGUGACCAGCCGGGUACGUGGAAAGAGCAAGGUAUCAGGGAGCUGUUUGAGGCAUUCCACGCGCAUGUGAAGCGCGAGUAUUGGCUCCAGGCUGCGCAUAUAGGCACUUAG